AUGAUGCGUAGACACGCGCGUGCCAGAAACUCGAGUUCGAAUCGUAUGAUGCGUGGGAUAGCUCAAUCCACUGGAGCCUUAACUGCUGCUAUGGAGAAACUUGCUGAGGCUCAAGCUGCUACUCUUAAUACUCUUGUUACUCCUAAUGUUGGUAAUGGUAGUUCAAAAACUGCUGUGAUUUCUAAAGCAAUUGACCAGAAGAAACCUUCUUCUUUUGAUGGUAAGGGUGACCCUACCAAGAUGGAGAACUGGAUUAGAGAAUUUGACAAAAUUUUUACCACUCUCCAAGUCCCUAAUGAGAUGAGGGUUGAUGCUGCUGCCUAUUAUCUGGUUGAGGAUGCUGAUAUUUGGUGGACUCACAACAAGUUUGAUCUGACUACUAAGGUGACUGUGGAUGAGGAAGGAGAAGAGCUCAUGGAAGAGAGAGAGUUUGGUUGGACUGAGUUCAAGAAGGCGAUUCGUGAUGAGUUCUUUCCAGCCCAUAUGAGGAAGAGGAAGAGAACGGAGUUUAAUGAUCUCGUGCAGGGAGAUAUGACCGUUCAUGAGUUCUAUGUGAAAUUCCAGGAGUUGGCUCGUUUCGCUAAGGGGUUAGUUCCUGAUGAGCAGGAGAGAGCUGUGAAAUUCGAGGAGAAGUUAGACCCUGAACUUCAUUCUACGAUGGGAGCUGGUGAGUAUGCCACAGUGAAGGAGGUGUACACUCGUGCUUGUAAUGCUGAGAGGAUCGAGGAAAAGAGAGUAGCUGCAAAGAAGUUGAAAUCCACUCCAGCAGGGUCUACUCAGGCGACAGAAAAGGUUGACACAUCUGGUUCCACUGGUUACAACAAAGGCAGAGGGGGUUUCAAUAAAAAUCGAAACUUUGGGAACCGUGAUUCUGGUGGUAGCUAUAACAAGGGAGGUUCUAGUCAACAGUAUUCAAAGGACAAUCAGAACUCCACUUCUUCCCGUAGCCAGCCCCAAGGUCAGAUUCAGAGGACUGAUCGGAUUUUCUAUUGCAAACGUUGUAGUGAGAACCACCCUGUGGGAGGAAAGGGCAUCGUGCUUAUGAAUGUUUUAGUAAUCCUAGAUCGAGGAACUUCAAGCUUGAGAUGA